AAAAAAAAAAGAAAGAAAGAGAGUAAAUCUUACGAGAAGAAGAAGAAAACACAAGCUCAUUCUAUACAAUAUCUAUUUAUAGUCUGUUAACCUUUCUCGUGUACCUCUCUAUCCAUUGGCCGAUAUCACAGCACAAUAUUCAGCUGUCAACCCAGAUUCAACGCCACUUUUAUGCAUCCGAUUAGCGCCCAUUGGUUAUCAGCAUCCGGUAUGGAAAAACGUAUUCCUAUACUUUCCUAUAGGCUUCACCAUAUCAGCUGCAGCUAUUUCACUCAUAGCAUCACUCACAAGGAUUGUGGAUGUAGAACAUGACAUAUUCUUAUUCAGUUCCAAUUAUGCCAUGUUGCCUGGUGUAUUGCGAUUAAAAACGCCUGGUUUCUUUGAUUUGAUGUAUUAUGCUCAAUUUAUUGUUAUCGCAGGACAAUUCAAUAUCGACUAUCCUCGCUUCCACGCCCUAUUCACGUCAAAUUUUUCAUGGAGUUUCUUACUAUUCAAAUCGGAAUGGUUAAAUUCAACCAUCAGUCGGCUGUUUGAACCGCAAGAGACAGCUGGUCGAUCAGUACCUGGAUUGAGCAUAUAUAAACGACAAUUAGAUUCUGAUGUUAAAAACCUCAUCCGUAUUGAGGGCAACUCUGUUCAGGUCGCAGGAACAGGAAUGUCAGAUUUUGCAACAGCAGUAGAUAUUGACAUCAACGCGCUUUUCUUUACUGUUCUUGUUUACUUCUUGAUUAUCAUAGCUUCUUGCCUUGUUCUCUGCUCUUUGACCUGGCUCACAUUUUACCUAAUUGGAACAUUUACUAAGCAUAAAAAGUUUGUAGAAAGGUCCUUAAAGAUGUGGGAUUUUACCAUAGGUGUACUCGUUCGUAUCCUCACGUUACUUUAUCUUCCUUUAAUUACAAUGGCCUAUUAUCAGUUGAUGAUACCCACCUACUGGUUCAUUACCGCUUUGGCUGCAAUAAUGCUUGUCGGCCCCUUUCUUUUUUAUGGAUUCGUUGCGAUACGGCUUCUUCAAAUUCGACCACGUUCGUUCAUCUUUACUGAACUAAAGCUACUACUGCGUUAUGGCGCACUCUACAAUACCUUCACUGAUGAUCAAUCACACUUCUUUAUUAUACUCAUCGCCUACAAAUCAAUCAUUGCAGCCAUGAUUGGUCUAUUUCAAACAAGCGGCACUGCGCAGCUAGUGCUUGUCAUAAUCGCAGAAACUGUCGUGCUAUUACUCAUUAUAUUCGCAUUCCCUUAUGCCGACAAGACUGUAAACAUAAUCCACAUCGUUUUUGGAUUUAUUCGCUUACUUGUUCUUAUUCUCAACAUUCCGUAUCUUCCAGAAGUCAAAGCGACUACGCAGAUCAAGCAGUACGUGGGUUAUAUACAAUUGGCGAUUCAUUGCCUCGCAUUCUUUCUCUUUUUUAUUCUUCAAGUUAAGAAUGUAGUGGUCAUACUGACUGGCUUGGGUGAAGAUGAGCUGGACGAAUCAGGACGUCCUCCGGCAAGAAUGGUAAUAUGGCGAAAGCGAAAGUACGGAUAUGUUUAUGGACACAGUGCAGCCACGCUCAUGUCUACGAGCAGCGGACCACAGAGUGGCAGUCUGUAUUUGCCUGGUACAUUACAAGCCAGAAGUUCAAGCCAAGGCCCCUUCUCUAGCUCACGAACCGUAGAUCUGCUUACACAAUAUCAUAGUGUUGGUCAAGACAGUACCAACAAUAACAGCAGCAGUAAUGUAACGACAGUUAUGAAGCCUGACGAAGUUCAAGAAACAGAGUCAAGCGAACUUAUCAACCAAGAAGAAAUCAACAGAAUUCUCAGGCCUUAUACAUCUCUGGUCGCAGAAUAUAGAAACGCAGCAAGUUCUGCUCAGCCCGAGGCGUCUUCCUCCUCACAACCAAAUCCAGCCAUAGAUCAGUGCCAAAAAGGAAAAGCAGUGCCAAAAAGAAGUACACCUGGUAUCAAGACAAACUACAGAGAAGACAAUACAAUUGUGUCAAGUUCACAACCACUCAUUUCUCCAAAAGAGAAACAUGAAAAGCCGCCAUCAUCGCCACCACCACCAUUACCAAAACAUGAAGCAAUGGAUUCAUCCUUUAUUUCUUAGUUACUUUUAUAUUAUUUAACUAGAAGACUAAUGAAUAAAA